ACGGCCGCUGCCUGGGCGGCUGAUUUCCCGGCCGAGAACGGCUUCGCGCGCGCCUGCGAACUCGCCAGCGCAGACGCCGCAGACCUUGAAGGGCGGCCAGUCACCGCGCAGGCCAAUGUCGGGGCCCUGCACGAGCCAUUCAGAGCCGCGAAG